AUGCAGCCAUGUUCUUCAAGAUCAGAUUUGUGCCAGGGAUCUCAAAACAAGUGGCUUUGCAUGUGUAACAAAGAGGGAUCCCUGAGAUUUGUGGACACUGAAAAAUGCUCAGCCAGGUGCAAAGUUGGGAAUGCAUUUUUGAGCAGAGUUGCCAACCUUUCCUGGUCUGAUGAUGACAACAGCCUGCCUUGUGGGAGCCAUGUGGACUCAACAUUGCUCUCAGUUUACCAGGUGUCACAUGCUGAUGCUGUGAUGACAGGAGGAGUAGCAAUAGAUCCACCAAUCACUCAAGGAGUCAGUUGGUACCUGCCUGAGAGGUUCACAGACCUGCCACCAGAUGGAGUGUGCACAGGCAGUCGCAUCCCAGUGGAUGAACCUGAUGUGGACAAAAGGGACAUUGUUGGCUGUUCUUGGCCAAAUGACUAUAUUACUGGAACUGAUGUGGACCAGGCCUAUUUGGACUCUUUGUUUGGUUUCACUCUGUCCACUGAGUGGAGCAACAUGAGAGGAGCUGCUCAUCCACUGGCUUUCAAAGAUUUCUCAGCAUCAGGCAAACUCAAGUUGGAGACCAUCAGUGCAAAUUCUGUGCCAACUUCAUCAGGGAAUCAUCCUGAGGAAUUUGUGUGGGAAUGGGUUGCUCAGGAAAAGCCAGAGACCUCUUCAACAUUAUCCACAGCAUCAACCAGCAGUUCAAAUGUCCAAUGUGACCAAGGGACAUGCUUGGUGCCAAUGGACUCAGUGUUCCAUUGUCAGAACCCUGAUGGACCACUGUGUUUCAUCAGUGACCAACCCCUGGAAACUGAAUGCCCUGAGGGCACUUGGGGACAUCAUGAACUCAUCCUUUGCCUGAAUGGAAGCACUGUUUGGAAGAAAAGAUGCUUUCAGAAUGACCUGAAUGACUUGGAACAACUCCUCAUGGAUUCUGGUGAUCCUUCAGAUAAACUGGACACUUUAACAGAGAUCAUAGAGUCCAGAGAAGGACAGCAUGUGUCCCAAGAGAGCCUGGAGGAUAUUGUUUCCAUUUUGGAUCCAGUGGUCCAGGAAUUCCAGACACUUCUUGAGAACAUCACUGAUUCUGCUGAGGCUUUUGUCAUGUCCAACACAUUUGCAGGGCACUUUCUAUCUACAAUGGAUGAGAUCUUGGCUCUGGAAGACUCUUGGAAUUCAUACAAUUUCUCAGAGGUUGCCUCAACAUCAGCAUCACAGUCCCUGAUUGAAACCUUGGGAAAAGUGGGGAAGAUUUUAUCAAAGCAGGAUUUGCCAGAAGGUAGACAUCUUGUCAAAUCCAAGUCUGUGCUGCUGGGAGUCACAAAGCAGAGUUUGUACCAGCUACAACAGGAGGAAGUCAGCAGGCAGCCAUUUUACUUUCCAGACAAAUCAAGCAGGACCAGGCUGAAGAUCCCUGCUGGCUACCAAGACCUGUUUCCAGCCAACUUGAACAAGCUGACAACACUGCAAUCAGUUGGAUAUGGUAAAAAUGUUGGACUAGAAGUGAUGGGCUAUGUCAUCAGUGCACUGUCCAUCAUUUGCCUUUUCAUCAACUUCUUGGUUUUCCAAUUCAUAGAUGCAGCCAAAACACCAACAGCUCUCAUGACCAAGCACCUGAGCAUCACUCUGCUCAUUGGACACCUCAUCAUGGCAGUAGGAUUUGACAAAACAUUCUUCUUCAUUGGGAAUGAUGCAUGUUCUGGGGUUGCCAUUGUCCUGCACUACUUUUUCCAAUCAGCCUUUUGUUGGAUGCUCAUGGAGGGCUACAUUUUGUACAUCAGUCUAGUGAAGAUUUGGCAGGCAGAAAAGGACCUGUCUCCAUGGAUUUAUUUGGGGUUUGGAUACGGAUUCCCCUUGAUUUCUGUUGGGGUCACUAUUGGGAUCUCUGAGGCCCUGGAUGAACAUGCCUAUGGCAGGGGAGAAUAUUGUUGGAUCAGGGCACCACACUACAUCUGGGCCUUUGCUGGACCUGUUUUGGCAGUUCUGCUGGCCAAUUUGGUCUUCAUGACUCUAGGACUACUAUCUGCAAGAGAAGGACUCAGCAGGACAGCAACUGCCAAAAGACAAACAUUGUUGUCUCUGAAGGGCUGCAUGUCCUUGACCAGCAUCCUUGGACUGAGUUGGCUUUUGGGAUAUUUCUACUUUGUCCACAGCCCCCUUUUUGCUUAUGUGUUUACACUGCUGAAUGCUUCACAGAGUGUUUCUUGGAGUGCUUGGCAAGUCCUAGAACAGGCCAUGUUCAGAAAGGAACAACAACACAGGAAACCACAGGAAAAAUUUGACCCCAAAGAUAAUUCACAGCAAAGAGACUCUGGCUCCACUGGGUGUACUUACAUGGAACAUGAUGGGUCCAAACAGUCCAUGUCUAACAGAGGCUCCAAUGGCAGCAUGAAUCAAGAGAUUCCUUCAGCGCCUCCAGCAAAGGACAUCACUGGCCACAGGAGGAUGUCUAUGACAAGAUUUUAUGAAUUCUCCAAACCCAUCGGUGAUUACAACCCUGUUUACACGAUACCUGAUGAACUCAGAUAUGUUUACAGAGAAGACGACUGA